GCGCUGGGAAGUCCUUGUGCGCAUGCGCAGCAGGAAGAGCUACCUGUAAACAAGUGUUUUGUAGCGCAAUUUGAGCACAAGUAACAAACUUUAUGGUGCAGUUAAUGUCAGAUUUAAUUGUUGGAUAGAAAUAUAUCGUUUAAUUGUGACGUUAGCAAGCGGCUUCAAAGAUAUCAGUCUUCCCCUGUUCAAAUAGAUAGGGUUGAGUCUCGUAUGACUGAACUAGCUGUCCGGAGGAGAGGCUGCUAGCAUGAGUGCCGAGUGCGGAGACUUUGCUUAAUUGGAUUUUUGUAACAACAACGCGAUUCUUACCACUUCCUGUUUUGGGAUUCUAGGAGUCAACAGCGGACGCAAUCAGGCUUAAGACAGCUAAACGACUGUAAAAUGACAACAUAAGCACAGUGCUAACACCCUGACGCAAAUAAGCGGGGUGCAUCAUGCCUUGCUCCCUCCUGUGGGCUGUUGAUGUUUACGGGAGGGUUUAUAGCCUUUCAACAGCAGGCCAGCAGUGGGAACAUUGUCGUGAUGCCCACUUGGAGUUCAAACGUGUCACCGCCGUGCAGCAAUGUUGCUGGGGCAUCGCCUGCGACCACAACGUCUACGUGAACGUCCAUGCUAGUGAUGUGCCCAUUCGCUAUCAAGAAGAGACAUAUGAGAAUCAGAGGUGGAACCCUGUAGAUGGCUUCUCAGACCGGUUGUUGCCCAGUGAUCGCUGGCAGUGGAGUGAUGUCACGGGGCUAAACCACCAGCCGCUUAGUGGGUUUCAGUUGCCCUCGGAGAACUGGGAAUGGGAGGCAGACUGGCAUGUGGAUGAAAACAUUGGUGGAGAGCCCACUGAGAAAGGGGGAUGGACGUAUGCCAUGGAUUUUCCAGCUACUUACACAAAAGACAAAAAGUGGAAUUCUUGUGUGCGUCGCCGGAGAUUGAUACGAUAUAGACGGUACAAGUCACAGGACACUUGGGUAAAGAUUCCUUCGGAGCAGACUGAAUCUCUUCCCGACCCGUUCAAUGACAUCUCCUGUGGCGGCUGGGAGAUCACUGAGGAACCCAGAGGGUGUUUGGCACUAUGGGCAGUAUCUCUGCAGGGAAAGGUGUGGUUCCGGAGCGGCAUCAAUCAUCAUAAUCCUGAAGGCUCCAUUUGGGAGGACGUGCCUGUCCCGGGUGAGGUGAUACAGAUAAGCUGUGGUCCAGGUGACCUGGUCUGGGCCGUCCUGUGGGAGGGUCAACUGCUGGUCAGAGAGGGCAUUGGCAGAGAUUGUCUCAUGGGCACAUCCUGGGUCACAGUGGAAUCUCCGAGUCCUGAAGUGGGAGCAGUACAUGUAGCUGUUGGUGUAAAUGUAGUGUGGGCUGUUACUAAAGAUCAUAAAGUCUGGUUUAGACGGGGUGUGAAUUCCCAUAAUCCUUGUGGCUCGGGUUGGAUAAGUAUGGUUGGAGAGAUGGUGAUGAUCAACGUUGGCCUCAAUGACCAGGUAUGGGCAAUAGGUGUUGAAGACCGGGCUGUAUAUUUCCGCCAGGGUGUAACAGCCAGCGAACUAAGUGGAAAGACGUGGAAGGCCGUUUCUGUGCCUAGAGACAAUGACCGUUCCCACUCCAGUGCCAGUGCAAACAGCCUUCAGAGCGCCGGUUGUUUCUUUGGCGGCGAGGUCCGUCUGCAGUCUCAGGCUUCGGUGGUGAGCGAUGUGGACCCUGAGAGUGAUAGGGCGGUAGGCGGAGUUCUCUCUUCUGAGACAGGAGACGCCCCUAAACCACGCAUCCCCAAAGUAACAAGUGACAGCUUUAUCUCCGAGCUGGUGUCUGACCGCGAGGGUCAAAUUGGUCGGCCCGGGUCAGCGGCUGGGCCGUCUAUCCCUGAGGAGGAGCCUGCAGAAAAAGAGGUAGAGGACAGUGGUUGUCCAACCAAGAUUCUCUCUCCCAGUCAGUCAGGUGGGCUGGACCCUCAGUGGAGCAAUGUGGACCUGGAAGAGGCUCAGACUCAGCUUGUUUCAGGACCUGCGGGUGACACAGCAGAGACUUCCAGCCUUUCUUCUGUAGCCACCUAUAAUUUGGCCUUAGAGGAGCCUUAUGGGGCUGAUGAUCAUCCAAAAUGGGCCUGGGUCAGUGGUGGAGGAUGUGCAGUAGACUCUUACUUACAGCUCAACUGGUUUAACACAUCGACAUCCACAGCACUGAACUGCUCGAUGCAGGCCAUGUCUCUUUCUAUCACACCUGCACAAACAGCAGCAUGGCGUAAGCAAAUAUUCGACCAGCUCAGCGAGCGCUCCAAGAGGGAAAUGGAGAAUUUCAUGCACUAUGAGCAGGCUAUUGAACAGUCUGUGUGGGUCAAGAAGGGCAGCAUGCAGUGGUGGCGAGACUGGAAACCCCAUAAGUGGAUAGAUGUUCAGUUUGCCCUGGAGCAGUUCUCAGGAGCAGAGGGCAACAAAGAUGGCAUUCUGUUUAUCUAUUACACCUUCAACGAUGAAAAAAAGUAUCUCCACAUAUUCAUCAAUGAAGUGACAAUACUAGUGCCAGUGUUAAAUGAGGCCAAGCACACAUUUGCCAUCUAUACAGCGGAGAGAACCAAACAGAGAUGGCCCAUCCGCUUGGCUGCUGCCACAGAGCAAGAGAUGCAUGAUUGGCUGGCUCUCCUCAGCAUGUCCUGCUGUGACUCCAGAGGUAUACAGGGCCCUCCGUCAAAACAGGCCAUCUGGUCGGUCACCUGUAAAGGCGACAUCUUUGUGAGCGAGCCUACAAAGGAACUAGAGGCAUCUCCAUAUCCUACACCUUGUGAUCAGAUGUUCUGGCGUCAAGUUGGAGGGCAUUUGCGAAUUAUUGAGUCUAACAGUCUCGGUGUGGUGUGGGGUAUCGGCUACGACCACACCGCCUGGGUCUAUACAGGAGGCUACGGAGGAGGAUUCUUUCAGGGUUUGGCGAGCAGCACUGAUAACAUCUACACACAGACUGAUGUGAAGAGUGUUUAUAUAUAUGAGAACCAGCGCUGGAACCCUGUCACUGGUUACACUAACAGGGGUCUCCCUACUGAUCGAUACAUGUGGAGUGAUGCAUCGGGUCUGAAGGAGUGCACAAAAACCAACGCUAAACCACCUUCCCCACACUGGACUUGGGUGUCUGACUGGACUAUUGACUAUGCUGUGCCAGGUGGGACAGACAGAGAGGGCUGGCAGUAUGCAUCAGACUUUCCUGCGUCAUACCAUGGAAAUAAAACAUUGAAGGACUUUGUCCGGCGCAGGCGUUGGGCCAGAAAGUGUAAACUCACAACAACCGGCCCAUGGCAGGAAGUACCGCCUAUACCUCUGAGUGACAUCACAAUCCUGCCCUGUGGUCCAAAGAAUACAGUAGAACAGGUGCCACUAUGGGCCAUCAGCAACAAGGGAGACGUCUUGUGUCGACUGGGUGUAACAUCACUGACCCCUGCAGGGUCGUCGUGGUUACAUGUGGGAACUGACCAGCCUUUCAAGUCCAUUUCCAUAGGUGUCGUCCACCAGGUUUGGGCCAUCGCUAAAGAUGGCUCUGCAUUCUAUAGGGGCUCUGUGUCGGCCCAGAACCCAGCAGGAGAUUGCUGGUACCACAUCCCCUCUCCAACCGGACAGAAGCUCAAACAGGUGUCAGUGGGCAGGACGUCCGUAUAUACGGUGGAUGAAAAUGGUAACUUGUGGUACAGACAGGGUGUGACCCCUAGUUACCCUCAGGGCUCGUCUUGGGAGCAUAUCUCCAAUAAUGUGCGAAAAGUAUCAGUGGGACAUCUGGACCAGGUGUGGAUCAUUGCAGAUAAGGUGCAGGGUAGUCACAGUCUGAGUUGUGGUACUGUAUGUCGCCGGUUGGGGGUUCUGCCUAUGGAACCCAAGGGCCACUCCUGGGACUAUGGCAUUGGGGGUGGAUGGGAUCACAUAACGGUGAGGGCGAAUGCAAUGGAAGCUCCUCGCAUCCAGAUGCCAUCCCUAACUAACAACAGCAUCAACCACACAACAGGCCGUGGUCCACUGCAAAGCAGUAACCAGCCAGAGAUGAACGGAAACCCGGUGGGAUGUUAGACCAUCUCUGACGUAGCCAUCAGUUCACUUUUCUUCUGUAGCACAUAGUCACUCCAGCGCAUUCACGAACGUGCAGAAGGCUCCGUGUUUUUAUUUAUCAAGUGUUGGCUCGUCUUCCUAAAAAAUUGAAAACAUUGCUUUUCCUUUCCAAAUUCACCAGUAUGUUUUACACUUGGAUAGAUUAGUGGUCAUAUCAGGAUUACAUCUUUUCUUUUUAAAUUCUUUAUUGGAGUUGAGGGGCAUUAGAUACAAAAGCGUGAGCAACAGACGGUACUUUACAAGCAUUUUACAUUGAACAUCACAGACAAAACAAUUAACAAACACCUGCUUUUGAAAUAUGCAGUUUGGCUGCGUUAAACAUGAGUUAUGGAAUAGAAUAGAAUAAAAACAUAUAUAGCAUUAAUAUUUAAUAAUGUAAGACCAGAAUGGCCAGUACCUCAAAAAAAGAGUUCAACUUUCUGUAAUAACACUUUUAUUAUCAGCUUCCAUCAGGUUAUUGGUUUAUUUUACGUUUUUACUCAGAAAUGAGAUAGCACAAUGGCACUGCGUAAACUUAGGAAUUGUUUUUGUUGUUGGCAAAAAGUGCAAUAUUUAAAUAUUUAAUCAUAA